CAAAAAAUUUCUCGCAAAACUUUAUUUGUCGUUGAUGAGCAUGGGGUGUUGUUUGAUAGUGAAAUUUCGGUACAUGAUCGUCUUAAUUCAUUGUUUCCUCUGAAGUAUCUCACCUUUAGGAGUGAAUCAAUGAAUGGGAUAUGUGUGGUUUUUACGGUAGAAAUGAUGAAGAUGACCAACUGUGUACCGCGUGAACUUAUUCUUUUAGCCAAAGUGAUUAGAACAGAUCCUCAUAGUCUAGAUGAGGUCAAAGAAAUAAUGAAAUGUUUUGAAAAUGACCGAAUUAAACAAUUUUAUGAUCUUGCAAAAACUUAUUAUAACUCUCUUCCAACAACCUCCAAAAAUGAAACUCGCUUGGCACUCGCGGAUAUAUUCUUACCUGAAAAUCCUCGAGGCACUACACGAUUUGAGUGGUAG